GCUAGCUAGCUAUAUAUCAAGUCAGCGCAGAAGAAUUACCUCUCCAAGUGGAGUUGAAGCCCCAACAUGAAGUCUGCAGUUAUACUUGUUGCGUGGCUAGUGAUUUGGGGGCUCUCUGAUGAAGUGCUGUCUGAACCAGUCAUGGAGGAUGACGUGUAGAGUUGAGUUCAGUAGCCCCUCAUCGUACUUUCUGUAUUUCAUUCGUGAGCAAAAUUCUUUUGAGAUGGACUUCUGAAUGUAUAUUAAUUUACACAGUGACAUGAACAGAUAUGCGUACUAUAAGGAAUACAAUUAAACCGUGAGAACAAGACGCUUUUCUCCAAUGAAGGAGCUGUAUUUAAUCGACUGUGCCGAUACAUGAGUGAUACAAACAUGCUUAACGAGCUGCAAUGGAUUCACAAUGGUGACUUAAGUCAGCCAGUACGCAGUACAUUGUCAUCAGCUCUGCCACUGGCUAUAGAGAAUGUCCAGCUCUUGCAUGCCGGGGAGUACAGCUGUAGGGCGAUGCUUAACAAUGGUAGUGUUGUUGGUCCUGUGUCGGCAGGAUUCCUCAAUGUUGCAGAUUCGUCCCAGCUGAUUGUCCCACCAAAACAGUACGUACUGAAGGGUGGUGAUAUUACACUUGAGUACUCGACAACGCUAACGGACAAUGUAUUGGGGGUGUGGCAAACUGCCUCGUCAAACACACCUACCGAUCCCGUGAUAACAAAUGCUCAGGUGGAGAAUGAGUUGGCUGGAGAGUAUCAAUACAAUAUCUUGUUUUAUUUGACGGACACUGCUGACCAAGUGAACACUCAGCGACAAUCGGAAGCUAUUGUAGUAGUUCCUCCACGGAUCACUGCCUACUCUCAGUCCCCGAUACAAGUCAUCGGAGGAUCCACACAAUCCCUGAGGGUCUCUUUUGUGAGCAGGACAAUGAACAGUACUACUGUCAGCUGGACCAGACUCAGUGGGAACAUGCCCUCGGGGGCACAGGUGGAAACAGUUUGGUUGGACGAUAGUACCGGUAAUGCAACGACUUCUCUCAACUUCAACUCUCUAACUAGAAGUGACAGUGGUCAGUAUCGAGUGAGUAUCACUAACUCGCAUGAAGUGGUUCCAGUAGACCAGAGAACAGUCAGCAAAAUGUUUGAGUUGACUGUGAAAGUACCUCCUGCUCUACCGGCUUCACUAUCAGCCGCUAGUAUCAACAACACACGUUACAACAUCACAUGGACUCUCACUCACACCACACCCGAUCAACAAGCCUCCAGCCUGCUCAUUAACGUGUCCAAACCGUCCCCUACCAUCAUUCAGGUGCCCUCCUCAGUCAGUGAGGUCUUUGUAUUUGAGGUGGAGCCUGGUAAUGAUUACACUCUCUCUCUGACAGCUGCCAAUGUGGACGGCAGUGUCAGUACUGAUCCUGUAGUGUUCACCACUCCUGCAGCAGCUCCCCUCAUCAUCUCUGCUGAUGUUCAACGUCUCAACUCGACUGCUUUGAGCCUCACCUUUGACCUGCACUACACUGGAGGAGGUGACAUCACUACCAUCUCUUUAUCAGUCAAUGGACGUACUUUCCCAGUCAGUGACGUGCGAUCAACGUCCCGGAACACAUGGACAGGAAUGGUGGUCAGUGACGAGGUCAAGAGUUUGGAGUAUUCGACUGACUUGGAGUUCUCUGUGUCUCUCACAAACCAGCAAUCUCUGACAAUGGUGGCCAGCACUAGACAGAGCUUCAUUCCCCCUGGGGCCCCGACUGUGCAAAUGUCCGUCACGGAGACCUCCAUCAUUCUGCAAGUGACGCUGUCAGGAAUAGCCACUGAGCCGAUAGAAUAUAUCGUUGCUGAGGUACACAAUAGCACCCAACUAGUUGCUAUGACUAAUCUUACUGGAGCGUUCUCACGAGGGGAAGUGGUUGAAGUGACUGUUGGUGGGUUGAGCCCGGGAACACAGUACACAGCUGUGGCUUACGGGGUCAACGCUGGUGGUGCGGGGGAUCAAAGCAGUCCGUUUACAUUCAGCACGGCUGGCUCCAGCACGAUGCUGUCCCAGGAGGCCGUGAUAGGUAUCGCCAUUGUGGGCUCAGUGGUGGGUACCGUUGCCUUGGUGUUGGCCAUCAUCGGCUGUUUCUACUGCAUCAGGCGAUGCAAGACCAGAGGAGGAGAGAAAUACUGUACUGCAGAUUACAAGGAGGAGCCAAGAUACGUGCAAAGAUCGGAUCAAGUACCGACCAAGAAUGGCAGUUUCAUCUACCAUUCCAGAGGGGAGGGCACGUACACUCCUCGCAGUCCCGUCAUCUCCUCCCGUGCCAGUUCCAGCGUACCCCCUCUGGGCACAGACUACUCGUACGAGGACUCCGAAGUCGACAUUGUGUUCCCCUCCAACGAACUGCACAAGAGACAAAAUGACUUACUUGACAACCACUCCCACUUCCAGUAUCGACAUUCUCCUGCACCUCUCAAAAUAUCCCCAAAGCACCUCCUCUCCAACUCCUCGUCAAUGCUCAGCCCUGACCCUGAUAUCGGCUCCCCGCCACUCACUGCUCUCUCUUACGCUACCGACGUCUAACUGUUGCCAUGACUAAAUGUAGUAUACAAAGUUUUUCACUAGAUUAUAGAUGUCUAAAUUAUUGAUAGUUUUAUGUGUUAAUCAUUACAAUUAUACUUUUCAUUAAUAAUUAUUUUCACAGCAGCAUCAA